ACAAUCAAACUUAUUUAAGCGAAAAAAAAAGUCUGCUGCUUUUACAGAAGGUUCUAUUGCUUUUGUUAGAAAUUCUAGUGGCUCUAUUGCCUUUGCUGAAGGUUCUAUAUCCUUUGCAAAGGAUUUUAAUGCUACAUUUGCUGAAGGUUUGGUUGCUUUUGAAGAUGAUUCUGAUACUAGAGGUUCCGUUAUUCUUAUCAGAGAAUCUGAUACUUCUAGAAAAGAAAUUAAAAAUGAAGUACAAAUUAAUGUUGGUGAUACUUUUUCUUUAUGGGAUGAGGUAGACAUAAAGUUCAAUUUAUAUGCAAAAACAGCAGGAUUUUCUAUAUGUCAGAAGUGCGUUGAGCUUGAUAAUGAUGAGAUAGUUUGA